CUUUGGACCCGCCACUCCUCUCAGCUUCAGAGUAGUGAACUGUGGUGACAGGAAGGCCCUGUUUUGGGGGGACAGUGGGUAACGCUGCGAGCGUCCGUGGCGUGCCUCUGAGCGACUAGUUCCCAGAGUCUCCUCGGGCAGGAUAUCAAUGGAUAUUAUAAAGGGGAACUUAGAUGGGAUUUCAAAACCAGCCUCCAAUUCAAGAACACGUCCUGAGAGCAGGUGUUCAAAUACUUCUUUGGAGGUGCUCUCACCAGAGCCAGUGUCCUUCAAGAUUGAUACUGCAAUCAAGUUGAACUCUGAUAAAGAGAGCCACUCAGAAAGCAGUAAUACAGAGGGAAGUAGAAACAAUAAGGAUGAUAAAGGAGAAUAUUACUCUGAGAAUAAUAUAAAACUGGCUAAAGAAGGGUCAGAUGAAGAUUUGAACUUGGUUCAACAUCAGAUGAUUUCUAAAUGUUCAGAUGAACCCAAAUUAAAAGAAUUCGAUUCUCAACUUCAAGAUGCGAUUCAGAAGAUGAACAGGCUUGAUAAAAUAUUGAUGAAGAAACAAUAUAGAGAAAAAGAAGUUAAGAAGCAAGGUCUAGAAAUGAGAAUAAAGCUAUGGGAAGACCUUAAGUCUGCAAAACAUAGGGAAGCUUUGCCCAGUAAUGAAGAAAUGGAAAAUACAAAAAAGUUUCUAGCUUUGACUGCUGCAUCAGAACAAACUGUUGAUCCUUCUCGCUGUAAGCAUGAAGACACAGUUUUCUCAGUGUUUCAUACUCAAGUACCUCCAGAAGAAUAUGAAAACCAAAUGCAGAAUGCCAAUCAAGGUUUUACCUGUGAUGUGGAAAGAAAUGAGUCAUUGAUCAAAGCAGAAAAGAACCCCCUCUCAAAUACAGAAAAGAUUGAGCUCAGGGGUAAACACAGCCAGGAUUUUAUUAAGCGAAACAUUGAGUUGGCCAAGAAUUCAGGGAAACCAGAGGUUAUGAUCGACAGAGAGAAGAAAAGGCUGGUUGAACUUCUGAAGGACUUAGAUGACCAAGAUUCGGGGCUGUCCAGUUCUGAGGGUGAUCUGUCUGUCUGGCUGGUCCCAGGCGAAGGAUAUACACUGGCAGUCACCCAGCAUCAGCAGCUUGCUGAAAUAAAUACAAAGCUCCAAGAAUUCUCUGCAGCUUCCCCAACAACGUUCAGCUUUUCUCCAGGACUUGGACAUCAGAAUGAUCAGGAACCUGAUCUUAGUGAUGAUGAUAGAGAUAUGGAAAUAACUCCAGGGGAAAAGGUACUUCGAAACACCAAAGAGCAACGGGAUAUGCAAAAUCGGCUGAGAGAGAUAGAUGAAGAGUUGAGAAAGAUGAAGGAAGACGUGUUAGAUUCAGCAUCACUUCUCUCUGAGGAACAGUUAAGGCGUCUUCUGGAUGAAUGCACAUUCAAACAAAAAUCCAUGACUGGACUUUCUUCAGAAAGAGAAAAGGAAGACAUUGAGGAUAUAACACCUGAGUCCCCCCAGCUUUCCAGAUCUGUCCUCUCUGAGUUACUAACUGAGUCAGAAACAAAGGUCAGAAGCACCAAGGUGGGAGAUGCAGAUGUGCCCGAGAAUGCAGAAUGUGACACAUCCAUAGGCUACUAUCUCAGCAAAGCCCUGACUGGGCAUCACGUGUCACAGGCUCUUGUCAUUGAAGCUGAGAACAUGAAAUGCCUCCAGUUUCCCCGAGACAAGGUUAUUCGUGACACAGAGGACUAUUUUAUGUCGAAGACUCUUGGCAUUGGAAGACUGAGAAGGCCUUCUUUUUUGGAUGAUCCACUAUAUGGCAUCGAUGUGAGCCUUUUCUCUGAAGUCCAACAUCUGAAACCCAGACCUUCAGGGAAACCACAAACAGAUGAACAGGAGACUGAAGAUGCAACAGAAGAAUGUAUAGAAUCUUAAGAAGGACUUGCUGGGAUGUGAUGUAAGAAAGUUGGUAAAUGAAGUGAAAUUAUUCCUUUUCUGAAUCUUUGAAUUCAACAGGCAUUCCUCAUAUAAUGAUUUUAAUAUUUGGACUCUCUUUCUGGAUUGCAUUUCCUUGACAUUUUUGAGACUUGUGGUAUUUUUGUUCAGUGCUUUUUCUUUAUUGAAAUUCCUGGGAAAAUUGUUUUUUAUUGCUAAUCUUGCAACAUCAGGGAUAUAUUAUAGAAACCAAUAUUUUUUGUGUACAUACUGUUUUAAAACAAGUUGAUGUGUUGAUUGUUCUGUAUUUGAUUUUCUAUAUUACAACCUUCUCGUGAUUCAGAUAGAUUAAAUCACUAUGAAUUUUUGUUUUUGGCCCUGACGUUCCUUCUUUCCUCCAGUCUAAUGCCUGUUAAGUACAACUUGCCAUAGAAAUAAAGGAAUUUUCUCAACAAAGCAAUGUUAAGGUAGGCUUUCCUAUCUUAUUAGCAAUGAUACUUUUCUUAAGCAGGUGUUUGAAUUAUUUGAUAAAUAACUUUAAGUUUGUUAUCAUUUAGAGUUUACCUUUUAGAAUGCAGCAAAC